UUUUAUGGGCGCAGAUUUUCGAACUGCGGAUAUUGAGCCAAAUUUACUCACGAAAUCUCAUCAGAUGACAUGACAACAGUGAAACUGAUACCUACGGCGAGUAUAAUCAACGAAAAGUGACUCAAAGGUUAUUUCUGAUCAUGGCUCGGACAAAUCAGGCCCAGCGACAGACUGGUGGAGGAAAGCGAAGAAAGGGUCUGACUCCAAAGAGGAGAGAACCCAAUCGACCGCGUCCACCGUCACCUCGACCUGUCGUGUCACCCAACAGUUUACCGUCCAGCGGUCCACAGAGUAGGCAACCAACGCCUGGUGGGGGAAUGUUUAACGUACCGCCUCGUGUCCCAGGCACUGAACUUCGCAGGAGGCACAGAUUUCGACCAGGAACCAAAGCCUUGCUUGAGAUUCGCCGUUACCAGAAGUCGACCAAUCUACUCAUUGCUAAACUUCCAUUUGCACGAGUGGUUCGUGAAGUGGCUAGUAUAUUUUCUCAUCAUGAUUUGAUGUGGCAGGCAGCGGCCAUCAUGGCUCUACAAGAGGCAUCUGAAGCUUUCCUUGUCCAUUUGUUUGAGGAUGCUAAUUUGUGUGCUAUUCAUGCUAAGCGAGUAACCAUCAUGCCUAAAGACAUCCAACUAGCUCGUCGGAUACGAGGUCGUCAAGACGGACUGGGGUAAUCUAAGCUGGGACCUGCUCGAUAAUUUCUGUUUUCCAAAGUAAGAGCUUAUGAAACAGUAAUUAAAUGCCAAUGUAUUCAUUUGGAUACCAACCACAUUCGUAGAGCCUUUGCCAUAGCAACCCAACUUUGACACAAUACUACAUAACAAGGUCCUUGGGACUUUCAAAUCACCUUGUUAUAAUUGGUACCUUGAAUAAUCAGUAAUUAAAAAAAACCAGAGAAACAAAGACUUGGGACCUCAAAUUGUCCUUAUUUUAAUAUGAACAAGACAUUGUAUAGUAGCAAUGCUCCUCUUAUCAGUGUUUCACUGUACAAAUGAUGGUUUGUGACUGUUAAUAAGUUUUUACGAAUCUCGUGAGUUACCAUUGAGACUCCCCAUCUGAAUUUUGUCAUUGCUGAGCCACUGGUCUAUAUUUUGUUAGUCUCAGUCAAUCUGACUUCACUACUGGCCCAGUCAAACAGAAGCAGAGAUGCUGUCUUUUUAAUUUGUUUAUACUGUAUAAUUCAAACAAGUGCUGUGGAACUAAUGUUACUUGAAUUGACUGGGAUCAAACUUUUCACCCAAAGUUACUUCUUUCAUGGAUGUAUAUUUUGCUCUUUGGAUGAUGAACAAGUGAAUGACUCCUUGCUGCUACUUCAUUUGUAGGGAUUUAUGAUUAGUUUAGGUUUCAAAGUUACAAUUUCGUGAACUUACUAGACUUGCACUGAUCUUGUAAAUAAAUGUAUAUUUCUUUGUUUCAUUUGAAUCAAGCAUGUUUUUUAAUUUAGUCAAAUAAACUCAAACUACAAAGUUCACACGUACAUGUAGGUUGUCCUUGACAGUACCAAGAAUGGUUUGGAAAUUCAUAGCAGUUUAUAUCACUGUUUAUGUACAUAUAUAUUCAGUUCUGAGCAUUGAAGUUUAGGUAAUCAUUUCUCAGGUCCUUCACAUCAAGGAGGCAUGGAGAAUUAAUUUCUUUACAGGUGUGAGGAAGGUAGGGCCCAGUCGCUAGUUGAGGGAAAAAUCACCAGUAUUUUCGGGAUUCACCCUGGAAACGUUCUUGUGGGAUCAUGUACAUAAACUAUUGACCCAGGGUAGGAUUCAUACAUGUACAUGCACCAAGGAGUGUAAUCCAAAGGACAUGUACAUGUAUGUUUAUUCUAAAAGGGGCAUUUAACAAAUGACAGUUUUGAGUUGCUUUUUUAGCGUAUGCAUACAGGUGCAUUGCACGUGGUGCUGUUGCUCAACCACUGGAGUUUGUAUUUUCUGGAUAGAGAUGUGCAUUUCCCCUCAAAAAAGUUUGAUAUACAUGUACUUUUUCUUUUUUUUGGUCCUCUGCAGUUUAAUUUGCCUCAGUUAAAUGUACAGUGUAUAGAACAAUUGAAAAGUUGAAAUGUUGACUCUUCUUUAAUCAAAGGCUGCUUGGUGUGUGGGAGUAACAGUGAGUUUUAAAUUGAUCAAACGAAUCACAUUCAAUCUCUCCUUUGGUAUCAUCUUCAUCAAAACUGCUCACAAAGAAGAAACACACACAUUGGCCGUUUCAUGACAUCACAUUUAUUGAAAUUUUCAGGCCAGUUCUUCCUCCGAAUGUCAAAGCAUCUGGUUUAUCACUUUUAAUUUUGGAUGUAAACAUGACAGCAUUUAUCCUAAUCCAUUCAACAUUUUUAUUUGGAAAUUCCUUUACAGUUUGAUCGCUAGACUUGUACAUCCAUUUUUUAUCCACUAUGAUGAUUACAAACCCUCAAGCAUUCCACUGAAUUUUAAUAUGAAACUGACUUUAAAAGGUGUGUCUCAUGCAUGACGAUUGUACAUGUAUAUAAAUGUAAAUUUCAUUUUAGUCACUUUCUACCCAAGUUUCCUCUCUUUUAGAAAGCAAUCGAAUGCAAUUUGAUAGGAUGACCAUUGAAGACAAUAUAUGGUGCAUAUGUGUACAUGUAAUGAUUGGCCACUCUUCUGAAGACAAGCCUUAGUGUUUAUCGUUAAGCUUUGUACCAGAUGAAUGACAUCUUUUAUUGGCCAUCUUUUAGAUGGUAAUUUGUGUAUAAUAAUAAACAAUUCUGGACUUUUUUGAAACU